GGCUCGGCACCGGGCAGCCACGCGCGGGCCUCGCAGCUUGUAGGCCUACCAGGAUGGAGGGGAAUGCCGAAAUGGAGAUGCUGAGGACACUGAAGGGACCCUCCACAGGAGAGGUCAAUGUGCACCUGGUGGCCAGAGACAGCUCAGGUUCUGGCUCUCACCUGCCCACUGCUGCCUUCAUCAUCCCAGCCAGCUCGGCCACCCUUGGCCUGCCCAGUAGUGCCCUGGAUGUGACCUGUUUUCCGCGGGAGCCGAUCCAUGUGGGCGCUCCGGAGCGAGUGGCGGGCAGCGGACCUGUCACGGCCACCGUUCUGCCGCAGUUAAGCGCCGGGCCUGCGGCCAGCUCCAGCGCCACCACAGUGCGGCUCCUGGAGUGGACCGAGGCCGCGGCCCCGCCUCCUGGGAGCGGCCUGCGGUUCCGGAUAAGCGAGUACGCGCCGCUGAACAUGGUAGGAGCGGAGCAGCCCCCGAGCCCCGAGCUGCGGCGGGAAGGUGUGGCCGAGUAUGAAGAUGGCGAGGCCCCGGCGGGAGGUGGCGAUGCGGGCACCCAACAGCCCGCGGACCUCCCCCAGGACCCUCCAGAAGAUCCCCCACAGGACCACCCAGAAGAUGAUGGCACCUGUCAGUGCCAGGAGUGUGGACCUCAGCAAAGUGCGGGUCCGGAUCCUGGUGCCUCCAAUGAUGACUGCCCGCCACUGUUCCAAGAGCGGUCAGUCAUAGUAGAGAACUCCUCCGGCCAGAGCGCCAGCACCAGCACUUCUGAGCUCCUCAAACCCAUGAAGAAGAGGAAACGCAGGGAAUAUCACAGCCCAUCAGAGGAGGAGUCGGAGCCAGAGGCCUUGGAGAAGCAAGAAGAAGGAAAGGAUCAAGAGGGACAGCCCACUGCUAGCACCCCAGACAGUGAGGAGUGGAACAGCAGCCAGCCUGCAUCAGGGGAGAAGAAGGAAAGCUGGUCGUGGGAGCCCUACCUGGAGGAGCAGAAGGCUGUCACCGCCCCUGUCAGCCUCUUCCAGGACUACCAGGCGGUCACUCAUAAUAAGAAUGGCUUCAGACUGGGCAUGAAGUUGGAAGGCAUCGACCCUCAACACCCGUCCAUGUACUUCAUCCUCACUGUGGCCGAGGUGUGUGGCUACCGCCUACGUCUGCACUUCGAUGGGUAUUCUGAGUGCCAUGACUUCUGGAUCAAUGCCAACUCCCCUGACAUUCACCCCGCUGGCUGGUUUGAGAAGACUGGCCACAAGCUGCAGCCCCCCAAAGGUUACAAGGAGGAGGAGUUCAGCUGGAGCCAGUACCUGCGCAGCACAAGAGCCCAGGCCGCCCCCAAGCACCUGUUUGUGAGCCAGACCCACAGUCCCCCACCCCUGGGCUUCCAGGUGGGCAUGAAGCUGGAAGCUGUUGACCGCAUGAACCCAUCCCUAGUCUGUGUGGCCAGCGUGACUGACGUGGUAGACAGCCGCUUCCUGGUGCACUUUGACAACUGGGAUGACACUUACGACUACUGGUGUGAUCCCAGCAGCCCCUACAUCCACCCGGUGGGCUGGUGCCAGAAGCAAGGGAAGCCCCUCACCCCUCCACAAGACUACCCAGACCCUGACAGCUUCUGUUGGGAGAAAUAUCUGGAAGAAACUGGGGCCUCUGCUGUGCCCACCUGGGCCUUCAAGGCGCGACCCCCACACAGCUUCCUGGUCAACAUGAAGCUGGAGGCCGUGGACCGCAGGAACCCAGCCCUGAUCCGUGUGGCCAGCGUGGAGGACGUGGAGGACCAUCGGAUCAAGCUCCACUUUGAUGGCUGGAGUCACGCCUAUGACUUCUGGAUUGAUGCUGACCAUCCAGACAUCCACCCCGCGGGCUGGUGCUCCAAGACAGGGCAUCCUCUGCAGCCCCCUCUCCGACCCAGAGAACCCACCUCUGCCUCCCCUGGGGGCUGUCCUCCUCUCAGUUGUCGGAGCUUGCCUCACACUAGGACCUCCAAGUACAACUUUCACCACCGGAAGUGCCCCACUCCUGGUUGCGAUGGUUCUGGCCACGUCACAGGCAAGUUCACAGCUCACCAUUGCCUCUCAGGCUGCCCACUGGCUGAGAGGAACCAAAGUCGACUGAAGGCUGAGCUGUCCGACACGGAGGCCUCGGCCCGUAAGAGGAACCUCUCAGGCUUCUCCCUAAGGAAGAAGUCUCGCCAUCAUGGCCGGAUUGGACGCCCUCCGAAGUAUCGGAAGAUCCCUCAAGAAGAUUUCCCGACACUAGCUCCCGACGCCACGCACCAGUCCCUCUUCACAUCAGCCCUGUCGGCCCGCCCUGACCGCUCACUGUCCGUGUGCUGGGAGCAGCACUGCAAGCUCCUGCCAGGGGUGGCAGGCAUCUCGGCCUCAACGGUGGCCAAGUGGACCAUUGAUGAGGUCUUCAGCUUCGUUCAGACCCUGACCGGCUGUGAGGACCAGGCACGACUCUUCAAAGAUGAGCUGUAGCCCGGUUUCAGACGCCUUCUCACCAGCACAGAACACGCCGGUUGUGUCCUCCCUCCCUAGACGUUUUUUUGGUUUGUAUUUAAAAGGAGUUUAUAGAGCAGUUUUAGGGUCACAGCAGACUUGAGAGGAAGGUACAGAGAUUUCCCAUACACCCCCAGCCCCGACACCUGCACAGCCUCCCAGUUAUCACCUCCACUCAGAUUUUUUUUUAAUGGCGAUAAAAACGUACAUGGAACGAAAUGCACACAUCUUAAAAGUACAGUUCCACAAGUUUUGUGAAAUGUGUACACCUGGAACCCAGUGCUUCAGUCAAGACGUAAAACAUUUCCAUCAUACCAGAACGCUCUUUCUUGGCCCCUUUGUGAGCCCCUGCCCUCAUGGGCAACCGCUGUUUUAAUCUCUAGCACCAUCGGUUAGUUUUACCUGUUCUUGAACUUCAUAUAAAUGGGCCCAGCUCCUAUUCUUUGGUGUCUUGUCUCUUUUCACUCAGUGUAACGUUUUCGAGGUUCAUCCAUGUUCUUGUGUAUCCGGUAGUUUGUUCAUUUGUAUUGCUGAGUGGGGCUCCUUUUUAUGAAUAGCCCACAGUUCUGUUAAUGGAUAUUUGGGUUGUUUUCUCUUCCCCUGAUAUGAACCCUAUGAUUUUUUUUAGCAAAAUUUAAGUUUGCAUGAGCUUUAUUACAGCCACAUCAGACCAGUUUGGAGGUCAUGAAAGUCCCCCAAGUGCCUUUUAUAUCAAUUAUCCAUUAUAGUCUAACCACAUCUUCCACUUUGUUACUUGUACCACUGGGUUUGUGUGUUUUUUUUUUUUA